UAUAUAUAUAUAUAUAUAUACCCUCCUGUAAUUGCAUCUAAUUAUUUUGUGUAAUUACAUUUAUAAUCACACUGUUGACCCAUCCCUUACACCUUUACCCACCCUUAAACCUUCCCAUUACACCAAACCUGUCCUUAACCUUACCCGUUUCCCACCUCAAUAGCAGCAAAAGUGUUUUGCAAUAUAAUAUAAACAUUAAUUACAUUGUACUUGUUUUUUGAUGUAAGUACUUAGUAGUUAAUGCCACAUAAUAUAAAGUGGGGCCAUAUAAUUAUAUAAUGUUAAUAUUAUAAACUAAUAAAUUAUAAGUCGAGCCAUCUCAAGCUAGACUUAAUUUGUCCAAAUGUUGGGAUACAACUAUGGGGCUUCAGUAGUAAGGAUGACUGGGUUCAUUUAACUAUUGCUAAACCUUUUAUACAAAUAUUCAGUUUUCAGUAAUAGUUAUCAAAAAUUGUUAAAAGGGUUGAUGGGUUCAGAUUGUGUAGCCUAUAUGGCAGACCAAACAAAAUAACAAUUUGACCCUUUUCAUGGAAUGAUUUUUCCAUUAUGAACAGUUCUUCUAACUUUGUAUGCACCUAUUGCUAUGAAUUCACUUCUAGGACAUAUAAAGUUUUUAAGUUUUUGAUGCAUUUUUCUGUUUUAAUAUUUGUUGCACUGCUCUUGGCCACUGAGCACACAAGGUUCUUGAACAUCAAUUUUUUGGAAGGGGGUUAAAUGAAUGCAUCUCUCACCUCGCAAUUAAGGACCUGAGGUGAGGAGGGAAUCUAAAGUUUUCUUUUCUCAGGGGAGGAGCAAACCGGUGCAGGAAAAUAGAUAAAAGCUCUGUUUAAGAAGCUGGAGUUGUUGCGAUAUUAUCUUCGGCAAGGAGCGCACAGAGAAUAUACCUUUCCUACCUAGAUUUAUUAUGGCAUUAUAGCUCAGUGACACGUCUUUCGCUUAUUUCUCGGUUGUCGUAUCUCCAAUCAGGUUUUUUUUAACCUCCCUACAUACCGUAGGAUACUUCAAUGUAUGUGUGGUGUUCGCUUGAGCGCGUGUGCUCGCGAUGUUUUGAAGUCAUUAGUCGCGUUAUCAACCUGUUACUCGGCUUCACAGACGAAUAAAAAGGAAUAUCGGAAAGUUUAAUUUCCUCCAGAACACAUCCUGAUAGAUUUAAAAGAUAAAGGAUCUGCUGGGAAGUGUGAUGUGAAUGUAAGUGCGGGUAGCUGUGGUCUGUUCUAGUAAAUCGAGACGCGUAAAACUGAUUCAGAAGUCGUACAUAUGCAGAAUAACGUUCAUCUCCACACGUCCCGAAGGAUAUCAGCUCAGGUGUUCACGUCGAGUUGUCACGGAGUUUUGCAUCCCUCCAAGGACUUGUUUCGCUUGUGACUGAGUUGUUAGGCUACCCAUCAGGAGACUACUAUCAUUAACACUGUAUUAACAAAGUUCAGGCUGAACAUGAGCAGGAAAACACGCCGCUGGAUUUUUCACAUCUUCCUCUGUUUGGGGAUUAUAUAUUUGAAGAUUGGGGGCUUUUCCUCCGUGGUUGCGUUGGGAGCGAGUGUUAUCUGUAACAAAAUUCCUGGUUUGGCCCCUCGUCAAAGGACUAUCUGUCAAAGCCGGCCUGACGCUAUCAUUGUCAUUGGAGAAGGAGCACAAAUGGGAAUCAAUGAGUGUCAGUUUCAAUUCAAAAAUGGAAGGUGGAACUGCUCGGCCCUUGGGGAAAGAACUGUCUUUGGAAAAGAGUUGAAAGUGGGAAGUAAGGAAGCAGCCUUCACCUACGCCAUUAUUGCUGCCGGGGUCGCCCAUGCCAUCACAGCAGCCUGCACUCAAGGUACGCUGAGCGGCUGUGGUUGUGACAAGGAGAAGCAGGGCUUCUACAACCAAGAGGAAGGCUGGAAGUGGGGAGGAUGCUCAGCUGAUAUUCGUUAUGGUCUGAGCUUCUCAAAGGUGUUCAUAGACGCACGGGAGAUCAGGCAGAACGCCAGGACACUCAUGAACCUCCAUAACAAUGAAGUGGGACGCAAGGUCUUGGAAAAGAACAUGCGUUUAGAGUGUAAAUGUCAUGGUGUAUCUGGAUCCUGCACUACCAAGACUUGCUGGACUACUCUCCCAAAAUUCCGGCAGUUGGGUUACAUCCUCAAGGAGAGGUAUAACCAUGCUGUACACGUGGAACCGGUCCGAGCCAGUCGAAACAAGCGGCCUACCUUUUUGAAGGUUAAAAAUCCUUACUCAUACCGGAAGCCCAUGGACAUGGAUUUAGUGUACAUUGAGAAGUCACCUAACUAUUGCGAGGCAGAUCCCGUGACGGGUAGCAUGGGAACCCAGGGCAGGAUCUGCAACAAGACUGCUCAGCAGGCCAAUGGCUGCGACCUCAUGUGUUGCGACCGAGGAUAUAACACACACCAGUACUCACGCGUGUGGCAGUGCAACUGCAAGUUUCUUUGGUGUUGCUACGUCAAGUGCAACACCUGUAGUGAACGGACAGAAGUAUACACGUGCAAGUGAAAUCUUUGUUGCUGGGGAAUUGAUACACACCUGCGACCUUUGUGGUAGAGAGUCUACAAGUGUCACAUCAGGAUGACCACUGCUAUGGAUGCCAGGUAAAGGAAAGAGCCAUUUGCACUGGAAAUCGUGGGACUGGUGGAGUCUAUGCAGAUUAAUUGCAUGCAUUGCAUGCUGUUUUGCUCCAGAGUCUUCUGAGGGCUUCGGUGUCGGUACCAGUAGAUACCUUUCUGUUCCAGUACUGAGCAACAGAGCGAAGUAGCCAGCAAAGGCUUGAUCUGUAGACCGUAAGAAAGAUGUGGGGUGUGAUUAUUGAGGGUGUUCUGCUCUGCAGACAGCACAGAAGGUAUUUCUGAGGAACUUUUUAGCCUGUGUAAGUGACAUUACAAAUCUUGUAACAUAAACUGUACAUGGACACAACAAUGAUAUUUAACGUUUUAUUUAGAGAAAAUGGCUGAUGUUAAUUUAUUUCAUAAGGAAACUACUGAUUUCUCAUUGUGUUUACUAGCUUAGAUUUAGCUCUUCUCCUGUUUAAUAUUAUGUGUUUUACAUAGAAAUAAACUGACCAACUUUUACACUGUACAUCAUGUGCUUUAGCUUAGGGAUGAACCAACAACAAUGCACAAUACAAAAACAAGUGCACUGCACUCAACGUGUAAUUACUAGUCUCUGAAAGAGGAGACUCUACUGUCUUUUAUGUAUCAUUGUAAAGCUUUUUGCUUCCAUUUUCCCAUCCUUUUUAAGUGUCAACCCUUGCACAUAUAUUCCUACAAGUACACACUGGAAUUGUGCAUCAUGUUUGAAGGCUCAUUCCUUCCUAAGUGAAUAAACAAGUAUGAACUAUUUUUAGAACACUGGUCCACAAGAACAUUUGUGAUUGAACUCUCUUUAAAUUGGAAUAUUCCAAUUGAAAUAAGUGUAUUUAAAUGGGAUCUAAAUUCUACCCGAAUAAAAUUUGAGACCUCAUUUGCCACAAAGCUUUAUGCUAAUUAGGCCACAGGCUUCAAUGGCUUUUGGCUAAUUUUUACUCUGUUGGCAGACAAAGAGAAUCAGCAGUUAAUUCACUUUUCGAAUGGAAUAGCUUCAGUACAGAUGCCCCACCUGUUACUAUUACUGAUGUGGAAUGUUGAGAUCAGAUAACCAGUUCUAUUAAUGUUAUAUAUUAUAGGUAAUAUAACACUGUUAUGAAUUGUGCAUCAUGUUUGAAGGCUCAUUCCUUCCUAAGUGAAUAAACAAGUAUGAACUAUUUUUAGAACACUGGUCCACAAGAACAUUUGUGAUUGAACUCUCUUUAAAUUGGAAUAUUCCAAUUGAAAUAAGUGUAUUUAAAUGGGAUCUAAAUUCUACCCGAAUAAAAUUUGAGACCUCAUUUGCCACAAAGCUUUAUGCUAAUUAGGCCACAGGCUUCAAUGGCUUUUGGCUAAUUUUUACUCUGUUGGCAGACAAAGAGAAUCAGCAGUUAAUUCACUUUUCGAAUGGAAUAGCUUCAGUACAGAUGCCCCACCUGUUACUAUUACUGAUGUGGAAUGUUGAGAUCAGAUAACCAGUUCUAUUAAUGUUAUAUAUUAUAGGUAAUAUAACACUGUUAUGCUGCUAGUUUUGUUCUGUUCUGCAACUGUAGUUAAUAUUACCCUUUCGGAAAUUAACCACGUUUUUAUUGUAGUAAAGGUGUAGUAACCAUGUUUUUUUGGUGGAUUACCAUUUGUAUAAUCACAGUUUUACUACAAAUACCAUGGUUAAUUUUUUGUAACCAUUGUUUUUUGGUUUUAUUUGUAGUAAAUCCAGGGUUCAUUUUCGUAAGGGUAGUAGUAUUUUGUGUGUUGUAAGCAAAUGUGGUUGUCCAGACAGACUGUCCCUGUGUUGACAUAUAUUUUGUAAGAGAUUAUUUUUAUAUUUUAUUUAUUCUGUGUAAAGGAAAAACCCUCUACCAUUGUCCUUUAGAUGGAUGGAAAUUAGACAGAUAAGCUAGAUAUAGUGUGAUUGUGUCAUGGUACCAGCUUGAGCAGUUUAACUACAUCUCAAUGAAGUAUCACUCAUAGUGAUGUAGUUGCCAAGUAUGUAAUGAUGAAAAGAUAUUAAAAUUGCGAUCAUAUUGGUGUUCAAAUAUUAUACUUUCAAUCGUAGCAUUUUUAUGGCAAAGGUCCUGGAUGUGCGAUCAAUAAGGGAAAAUAGUGGGAUCAAUAAGGGUAAAUAGUCCUGGGACAAAACUCUCUGGUGAUGAGAAAAAUUCACGGCUAAGAGUUUUUACCAAAGAACAUCUGAAUUUGAGUGUGGCUCUUUGUCAAGAGCUUUAAAGCAGGAUGGCCUUGAUGUAAUUACUAUUUUACAAAAAUCUGUGAUUUUAAUAGAUGUUUUGCCAAAUUGAUCGUGCUUAAUGAUUGUGUCAUCAUAAAUGAUUUAAAAAAAUCAUGCAUUAUGCUUUCAACAGUGUUAAUAAAUAUUUCCUUGGCUUGUA